CAGCCCUUCCAUCAAGGCCCCGGAGGGGAUGUGAAGCGACGCAGCGACACCUGGGCAGCUGUUGACCGCCGAGACACACCACUCGCUCGACUUCGACAUCUCGUCGCUCACUACCGUCGCUCCUUGUUCUUGUCCUGAGCGCGCUGCUGCUUCUGUGCACUACAUCUGGCGCCGCAUGUCGCACGCGUAGCGGAAGCUUACUCUCACCACAGUUCUCCGCCCGCUGCUGGCCAUCUGCCCGCCCACCGACCAUCAUUUCCUGUCUCCGACGACGCUCGUAUCGGGGCCACCACCCCCAUAUUGUCCCUCGCAUCCACCUUUAGGGCGCCGUGUCCUACCCCUUCCGCCAUAGAGCAGACCCUCUCCCUCGCAGCGUCGCAGCAGAGGGCUUGAAGCAGCCAGAUGGAGUCGCCCGGUGGCUAUCCUGAGUCCCCGCUGGACCAGGACGACGUCGUGUAUCCGUGCAAGGGAUGCGGAGAGAUCCUCGAAGAAGGGAAGGCAUUCGAGCUUGCUGGAAACCGAUGGCACAUCGAUUGCUUCCGCUGCAACACUUGCGGCACCCUCCUCGACUCGGAUGCGAACCUGCUCCUCCUCGGUGACGGCUCUUUAAUAUGCAAUAACUGCACAUACAGCUGCAACCACUGCGGCAACAAAAUAGAGGAUCUGGCCAUCUUGACCGGCGAUCAGGCUUUCUGUGCCAACUGCUUCCGCUGUCGGAACUGCAAGCGCAAGAUAGAGAAUCUGCGGUAUGCCCGCACAUCGCAGGGUAUCUUCUGCAUGUCCUGUCAUGAAUCCCUCAUGGCUCGACGGCGGAAGAAGUCGAAGAAGCCCCCUCCGUCUGCUGGGGCACUUCCGAAGACGGACAAGUCUUUGCCCGCCUUGCCUCCCAGCGCUGUGACCUUCACACCAGAUCUAGACACCCCGUUGUCGUCAGAACCGUUCUCUGACCCGCCCACGACUGACGUUUCCCCGCACCCACAGCAUCCUCGAAGGCAGGACUCCUCGCCCGCAAACUUCAGGCGCGAUGCUUCUCCUGCUUCCACGGAAGACAAUCGCAAAGAAAACUUGACUCUGCCUGCGAGCACCUACAAGGAAUCAAAUCACUCGGAGACUUCUGACGCAGGGGAAGAUGGCAUCUUGCUUCCCUUUGCGCUCGACCCGAAUCCUGCGCCCGGCCCGUCACCUCUUGGCAAGUCAAGGAAACUCAACGAGGGCAUAAUGGAAACACAACAGCACCGCAGUGCUGACGGAAAGCCUGGGCGUGACUAUUUCAACAGGCCGACAGGGAAUCACAGGGAGAUAUUGAAGGAGAAUAGGUCACGGUCCUCUUCGACGGAACGCCAGCCAAAAGCCACCCCAUCAAGCCCACAUAUUGCCUACCAAGAGAAGGGACGCCAAGCUUCGGACAGCUUAGCGGACACAAUUCGCAAGCGAAAAGAGUCUGCACACGAAUCUCCGUCAGUUGCCCACGACCGGUCACGAAGCCAGCAUGCCAGCUCGCCCUCGACAUCCCACUCGACAGAUGCUUUCAGAUUGCAAGAUGUUCCAAAGUCGAAGAAGGCCGAGGCGAGGAGAGGUUCCAAGCCGGACUCCCGCUCACCUUCCCAUGGCACUCCUCCUGUUGAUAUAGCCGGCCGCAUGUUGAGUCCUCCGCUCGAGUCGGUUAUCACGGCGUCACCGACUCCCCUGGAUUCACAGUCUCCUCUGGAACACCGGGGCCGUGAAGAUUCACCAGCAACCUCGGGAUCUUCAUACAGCUCCACACAGCGAGUAGAGCGUCCAACACGGGGAGAUUCCUUGAAUGCCUCUUCCCUCAAACCCUCUGUCACGAGGAAAGACAUGCCUUCGACCUCCCCUACAACUCCGACCAUUUCCAAACUGGAGCGAAAGCCGUCACUUUCUACCAGCCUGCCUCAAGUCAAUGGCAAUUAUAACAUCUCUAGUCCCAUCGAAUCGCCGCCUGUGAGGAGUAUGCUCGAUCCGCCAGCCCCGCCGCAACGCUCCGCCGGACGGCCUCCCCCACCUUCUUCCACGCAACCAAAUGACACAUUCACCUCUCCUCGAGCUCCCCCUCCCCCUCCACCACUGCCACAACUGCAGAGCCACAGGCCUACGGAAUCCAUGAGCACCGUUCAGAGCGAAAACUCCCAAAGUAUGCUCUCCCCGGUCGGAGGCUUGCCUCGCUAUAGCGCCCAAGUCGAUUUUUCUAUGGACGAGGAUUUCGCACGACUGCUUUCGAAUCAAGAGAACCAAGAGGGCCAAGGCUCCGUGCUCCGUAGGGUCUCAAAUGCUAUGUCGAAGCACGGACGCAGCUUCAGCGAUCGAGGCUCGGCGUCGGCUCGGGGGCACAAGAAAUGGCCCACUAACGGCUCUAUCGACAUUAGUAGCCCUACCGUUGCUUCACCAGACUCCAAAGAAGAGAGUGUGAACUUGAGGAAUGAGCUGCGUAGAGCUCAACAGAGAAUUGCUGAGCUCGAGGCCGAAAAGAAUGGGUUGCAGGAGACGGUUAAUAGCGCCGCCGACAUCAAACAAGCAAACACAAUGUUGAGAGAAAAACGAAACACUAUGGCCGUUUUGGAUACACAGCGGGAAAUGGUGAUCCGAGAAUUGGAAAUCAUGACGGAGCACCUGAAACGCGCGAAGGAAGACAGUCGAGCCUUAGACAUCAACCAGUUGAAAUCGGAUGUCCUGAAAGAUUUUGCGAACUCGCUGCAAAAGCUUAAGGAUCAACUUGGAGGGCAGAUCGAAGAUUUGAUCGCGAAGCGCACCGAGCUCACCGAUGAGAUCUCAAACCUGAUUCAGAUGAAAGACAAGGGCUUCCAGGAAUAUGAGUCGCUCAGCGCUCAAAACACCAAGUUGUCAAACAUGAAUCGAGACCUCAUUGAAUCAAUACAACGAACCCUCAAAGAAAACAAGCAGCACAAUGGCAAUCACUCCAUUGAUAACGGCCGAUCUGCAAACGGCUUGGGGAUUUCUAACGCUCAUCACAAGGGGAAAUCAGACAUCUCAGUCGACAUACAGGGAAUGGCGCACGAGCCAUCGUACUCUAACCUUCAUGAAGCCGACAGCGAAGCCACCCUGGCUCAACCGCAGGUCGUCAAUAUCCGCAAGACUGGAAAACCUACCAAGUUCAACUGGAAGAAAGGCAGCCAGGCCACCAUCAAGAACGUCACAAAGGGCUUCAAGGGUGCCUUCGCACCGUCCGAACCAAGGCGUGAGGAGGAAUACAACAUCAAAGUGAUCGGCACGCCUUACGGAUCCGUUCAUUCCCAGCCGGACAUUGCUUCUAUGACGAGUUCUAUGAGCAUGAAGUCCAAGGAGGAGCCAGCGUCUCGAGGAGGCUGGUUUGGAGGGAAAGGAAACACGCACAGACCACAACAGGAUCGAUUCAAGGGAUCACAUAACAACAAUAGUAGCACCAACUUAGCUGGCGAGGAUAGUUCUGUGCUAUUUGGUUCUGACCUGACUGCUAGGUGCGAAUUUGAGAAGCGAGUAGUCCCAGCCAUCGUCAGUCGAUGCAUUGAGGAAGUCGAGCUUCGAGGCAUGGAUAUCGAGGGUAUUUAUCGCAAGAGCGGUGCUGCCUCCCAAGUCAACCAAGUUAAGAGUGGUUUUGAGAAGAGUAACGAAUACGAUAUCUCAGACCCUGACUUGGAUAUUCAUGCGGUUACCUCUGCUCUGAAAGGUUACUUGCGAAGACUGCCAAUCCCACUGAUUACUUUCGAUGUCUAUGACCAGUUCAUUGAAGCAGGCCAAAUGGGAGGAGAGCAAGCGAAGGCGAAGGCCAUGGUCGCUGCUGUCAACGAAAUUCCCCGCGCUCAUCGCGACUGUCUUCAGUUCUUGGUCUUCCAUCUCUCACGCGUGAUUCAACGUGCUGAUGACAAUUUGAUGACUCCUCUAAACCUCGCCGUUGUCUUCGCGCCAACAAUUAUGCGACCCAUGGACAUCCAACGCGAACUCACGGACACCAUUCACCAACGCACGGCCGUCCAAACUCUCCUCGAGAACCACAAAUUCAUCUUCGGGAACGAAGAGUAGAAAACCAAAAUUGCUCUGCUCCUCCUUAUUUUACCCGGAUCCUACCCGUCCGUUGUCUCUGCGCAACGUUUGAAAUCCCAUUACCAUACGAACCUUGUAGUAGUGCCCCCCCCCCCCCCCC